UGGGGCCCGCCGGCCUGGUGCGUGCGCACGCGCGCUGGGCCCGGAGGCGUCGGGACGUGCGGCGCGCGGGGCGCGGAGGCGCACCUGUGAGGUGUCCCCAGAGGAGCGGGCGGUGGGUGCGCGGAGCCGGGCCCGGGCGCCCCUACCCCUCGCGCGGCAGCCGGCGGCCCGGAGCCCGACGAGCGCCCUGCGCAGGUGACGAGGAGCCGGGCGCGGAGCGGCCGCCGCGGGACGCCUCCAUUCCAUUGUCUGACCGGGCCGGGCCGGGCCUCCCCAGGAGACUGGAGUGGCGCCUGGGCAGGGAGUCCUCAGCGGGAGGAGCCGCACACCUGGGCCCCAGGAGCUGGCUUCCGGGGAAGGCUCCGGCGGAUGUGCAGGAGGCGGGAUGUCACACUGACCCUUCCCGGGGAGCCUGCACGCAGCCUCUCAGCCUCUGCGGCGAGGGACACUGUGCACCGCCGUCUCUGCGUGAGAAGUGCGAGGCCGUCCACACGAGGGAGCUUCCAGGGGCUUCAAACGCCCGCCAAGGCCUGCAGCCGGAGCCCGUGGAAUGUUGACACUCGGGACCCAAAAGGGAGCUCGGCGUUCAUGAGCCCAGGAUUCGCGCGGGCGUGCGUGUCGCUGCAUCGUCCGUAGAGACCGAGGGGAACACUAUGCAGGAAGAAGCCUUACUCAGGAAGGCAGGCAGGGCAGAGCUUAGGCCCACCUUGAACCCCCCGAGCAGAGCGAGCCUGAGAUAAGCCGCCAGCAUGGCCAAGUGCGAGGCUCAGCGACCUCGCGCCCUCUAACUAGUAGCCACAAGGAACUGUCUCCGCUCCGCCACGAUACCAAAUAGGAAACAUGAUCUACAAGUGCCCCAUGUGUAGGGAGUUUUUCUCUGAGAGAGCAGACCUGUUCAUGCAUCAGAAGGUCCACACUGCCGAGAAGCCCCAUAAGUGUGACAAGUGCGACAAGGGCUUCUUUCACAUAUCAGAGCUCCACAUUCACUGGCGAGACCACACAGGAGAGAAGGUCUAUAAAUGCGAUGAUUGCGGUAAGGAUUUCAGCACCACAACGAAACUUAACAGACAUAAGAAAAUCCACACAGUAGAAAAGCCCUAUAAAUGUUAUGAGUGUGGCAAAGCCUUCAAUUGGAGCUCACACCUUCAGAUUCACAUGAGAGUUCAUACAGGCGAGAAACCCUAUGUCUGCAGCGAGUGCGGGAGGGGCUUUAGUAAUAGCUCAAACCUGUGCAUGCAUCAGAGAGUCCACACCGGAGAGAAACCCUUCAAAUGCGAAGAGUGUGGGAAGGCCUUUCGGCACACUUCCAGCCUCUGCAUGCAUCAAAGGGUGCACACGGGGGAGAAGCCCUAUAAAUGUUACGAGUGUGGGAAGGCCUUCAGCCAGAGCUCUAGCCUCUGCAUCCACCAGAGAGUGCACACUGGGGAGAAGCCCUACAGGUGCUGUGGGUGUGGGAAGGCCUUCAGCCAGAGCUCCAGCCUCUGCAUCCACCAGAGAGUGCACACUGGGGAGAAGCCUUUUAAAUGCGAUGAGUGUGGGAAGGCCUUCAGCCAGAGCACCAGCCUCUGCAUCCACCAGAGAGUGCACACAAAGGAGAGAAACCAUCUCAAAAUAUCAGUUAUAUAGAGCGUUUUGCUAAGAGUUAAAAAUCUUAAAACCCGUAAGUGCCACUAGGAAGGAAACCCUAUGAAUACCUGCAUUGACCCAAGAAAUUGCUCCUGGAAGCCCGGCAGAACGUUCUUUUGAGGAGGUGUAGGUGAGGUGGUUUGUUUUUAAUUCCCACCAAGUGUGUUCCACAACUUGAUGUCCCUCCGGGCGUCUGCCCAGGAUGGGUUGUGAGGUCCCAGCCGUCUCCCAUUCACAGAAUGCGGGUGUGUGUUUCCUGGGCUUCCGGCCCGAUGCCUCUCUAGUUGAGUGCUACACAGGAAACCAUGAUCAUCACCCAGCCUCCCGCGUCACCUCCCACGGACGCUUCACCCACCAGCGAGUGUCCAGGUACCCCUGUCAGGAGCUCAGGACCCCCUUCUCUGGAUCAGCGUGUCAGUUAGUGCUUUGAAAGGGACCGCUCCCCGAGGCAGUGCUCUAGAAUUUCUCCAUAGAUCCCAUUGUCUGUCGCCCCACUUCCCUGCGUGUCCUCAAAGUCCUUUCCCAGAAACACCACCCUUCCUAGAUGGCAUCCGAUCUCACUAGGUUUCAGGCGUCUCGGGCGCCACUCAUGCGACCCAUCAGGAGUCAUUGGCAGGCGCACGCUCCCUUAAACAUUUUUUUUUUAAUUUUGUGGAUUCUGCUAAUCACUGUGUUCCUUCCUGUUAGACUUUCUAGCGGCUCCAUCACCUAUUUCUAACUUGAACUUUUUUUUUGGAAGUAGCUGAAUGCAAAUAGGGAGGGGUAGGCAGAGCUGGAACUUUUCUGUGCCCAGAUUGCCCUCAGGGGCUCCUUUGUGACUGGAUCCUUCUGGGCCAGAGCAGCCCGUGGGGGUGGGAGGUGGGAGGAGCCACUGUUAUAGUCUCAUCCCUGUGAUUCUGGGCAGUGGCAGCCGGGAGCCCUCGGUGACCCCUUGGUUGAGGAUUACCUAUCGGUUCCUUUUUAGGCCUGAAUGUCUAUGCUAGUUACCUUUUCUUUCUUCAUUCAUUCGAAUAUUUAUUGAACACCUCCUAUGUGCCAGGCACUGUGCUGGGUGCAGGGAAUGCCACUGAAUCAGACAGACAAGGGCCCCUACUCAUGGAGUUUACUUCUGGUGGAGGAGACAGGCGAUGAGUAAACAAACAUAACGUAGUUGAGAUAGUGAUUAAGUGCUAUGAAGAAAAUAAACUGGGUGAUGAUUUAAGUCGAGGGUGGGAGGGCGGGGGUGGGGCAUCCUUAGGUAGCAGUCGGGCAAGGCCUUUCUGGGGGUGGCGUUGGGCGGAGAGCAGAGGAUCUCUGGCUGGUGGAGCCCCCAAACCGUAGCGGGUGGACCUGCGGUGUUUGUGGAAAGGCGGGUGCUGAGGAGUGAGCAGUGAGGGGCAGGUGCUGAGGUUCUAGGCCUUUUUUGUUUUGUUUUGUUUUUUUGUCUACAUUGAUAUUAAACACUCAUGUGGAGGAACUCAAGGAAUGUCUAGACGACCAAAAGUCCCCAGUGACAACAAAAGCGGCCAGCGGCCAGCCUUGUCUGCCCGUCCUGUCGGCACUGGCCCCACAUGCAGCCCUUUGCUCAGGAAGUCGUGGGGAGUUAUGGUCUCGAAGUUCGGACACGGGUGGCGUGUCCCCACGUGGUGUCUCCAUGGCACAGGUGGGAAACGAACCACCAGAGCAGUCAGAAGUGCUGGCGGAGCUUGGGUUUCUCACGUGUGAGCUUUCUGUUGGGCUGGAAGGGGGCGACUUAGGGGAGCACACGGUGGGCGGGCCGGGGAGCCAGGGGCCCUGGGGCAAACUGGUCACCGUCUGGAUUUGACUCCAGAUGUCGUCGCAAGUCUUGGGGGCCACACCCCACACGCUCCCCCUUCACCCAGAACGGCCGGCGCAGCCCCCACAGUCCCUUCCAGGCCGGUCCCGACCGCAGUGUACUGUAGCGUCUCUCUCAUGUCCAGUAGCGCGAGGCUUAGGGGAGUAGCCUUCUAGUCCGUAGAGUUAGUGUUAGGACAGUUGGUUUGAUUUCUAGCUUGAUCACUGUUAGGGGGGUGAGCUUGGGCAGAUCACUUGGCCUUCGAGUCUAGGUUCCUCCCCCGCGAGGACGCUGGGCUCGGGACUCCGUUCCCAGCUCGCCUAGAGUUCUAUAUUUCUACAUAGUUGAAUUAUUUUAUCAUGCUGUUGCUGGGAAACGACUAACACUUUUGAAGCUACUAAUCUUAUGUCGAGCUUUAAAGUCCAUAAUUGUCUUCAGAAAAUAUUAUUUGACCUACAGUAUGUCCAGAUCAGUUUAAUAAAAUUACUUUAUAACAGGG